UGCAGAGCAAAGAGAGAAACAGGAGUCAUGGCGUCUGCUCUCUACUCUGAGGAUUUAACCUGCUCUAUUUGUCUGACUCUCUUCACUGAUCCUGUGACUCUGCCCUGCGGACACUCUUUCUGCAGAGGAUGUGUCACAGCUGCUCUAAGUGCGCAGGAGCUGUGUCCACAAUGUCGGACAGCUGUUCCUACUGAAGGGAGAAGCCUUCCAACCAGCCACAUACUGAAGAGCCUCUCUGAGAAGGCCAAGGACGCAGAGAGGAGAAAGACGGAGCAGAGCCAGCAGAAAACACAGGUUGCAGAGUUGUGCCCUGAGCAUGAAGAAAAGCUGAAACUGUUCUGCGUCACAGAUCAGCUGUUAGCUUGCAUUAUUUGCCGAGAUGAGGAGAAGCACGACGGGCACAAGUUUAAACCAAUCAAAGAAGCAGCUGCAGCUCUGAGACAGGAGUUGGAGAAGUGGACGGAGAACCUUUGUAGUGAUGUCUCUUUUACAGAGAGCCUAGCAGACUCACAGAGGGAAGAAAUAACAAAAACCAAAGCAAAGUCUCAGCAGCUGAUGACCCAAAUCCACAGACAGUUUGAGGAGAUGCACCAGUUUCUGAGAAAGAGAGAAGAUGAGAUAAAGAAUGAGCUGAAACUGAAGGAGGAAGAUGCUGCUGAGAAAAUGAGCAAGAACUUAAAAGUUCUAGAAACAGCUUUGUGUGAGAGCAGAGAGCUGGAGGGAAAGCUGGCAUCAGUUAUGAAAAUUGAAGAUCCAGAGAAGUUCUUAAAGAGGUGGACUGAAGGUAACAGCAGGAUGACUCCAGAAAAAGUAUUCCAGCCCAGAGCAACUGAUCUCCAAGUGGUGAGGAGCUCUCUCUGUUUGGGGCCUUAUGAAAGCCACCUGCAGUUCUUUAUGUGGAAGGAGAUGCUUCAGGUGAUCCAGCCCCGAGCAGAGCUGCUCUCACUCAAAAGCAACAGUAAAAAUAUAACUGUGUCUGAUGAUGGGCGGACUUUGUUUUGUACUACCACAAGCAACCAGGCUCCAUCUGGUUCCUCCUCGGGUUUUCACACCACCACAGGGUCAGGCCAAAGGACAGGCUUUAGCUUUGACACUGGCAAAGAAUCAGACCAAAGGACAGGCUUUAGCUUUGACACUGGAAAAGAAUCAGACCAAAGGACAGGCUUUAGCUUUGGCACGGCCACAUCAGACCAAAGGACAGGCUUUAGCUUUGGCACGGCCACAUCAGACCAAAGGACAGGCUUUAGCUUUGGCACUGGCAAAGAAUCAGACCAAAGGACAGGCUUUAGCUUUGGCACUGGCAAAGAAUCAGACCAAAGGACAGGCUUUAGCUUUGGCACUGGCAAAGAAUCAGACCAAAGGACAGGCUUUAGCUUUGGCACAGCCACAUCAGACCAAAGGACAGGCUUUAGCUUUGGCACUGGCAAAGAAUCAGACCAAAGGACAGGCUUUAGCUUUGGCACUGGCAAAGAAUCAGACCAAAGGACAGGCUUUAGCUUUGGCACAGCCACAUCAGACCAAAGGACAGGCUUUAGCUUUGGCACUGGCAAAGAAUCAGACCAAAGGACAGGCUUUAGCUUUGGCACUGGCAAAGAAUCAGACCAAAGGACAGGCUUUAGCUUUGGCACAGCCACAUCAGACCAAAGGACAGGCUUUAGCUUUGGCACUGGCAAAGAAUCAGACCAAAGGACAGGCUUUAGCUUUGGCACUGCCAAAUCAGGCCAAAAGGCAGGCUUUAACUUCGGCUCCUCAAGCACAAACCACGCAUUUAGUGUUAAUGAGUUCACUUUUGGACAGCAUUAUUGGGAAAUAGAGGUUGGACACAGGGAUUAUUGGGAACUAGGGAUAAAAAAAAAUUUCCUUAAAUAUAAUGGUCAAAAAUAUUUUACCUGUGUUCUGAAUAAAACCACAGACUCUGAUUUGGAUUCAGAUUCACAUUGUGAUUCUGAAGAGCUAGUAUUUGGAAACAGACCUCGAAAGAUUGGGAUUUAUCUAAACUGCACAUCCAAGAAGCUCUCCUUUUAUGAUGCAGACAACAUGAAACAUAUUCACACUGUGAGCUCAAGCUCCAUGUCCAUGCCACUGUCAGCAUAUUUUAACAUCAGAGCUACAGAAUGUGAUCACAGCCCUCUGACAGUGUGCUGGUACUAAAGUAAAGAUCGAUAUCAUAACAAGUAAUAGUUCUAAGUGUUGUUAGCUUUCUCUGGAGCAGAAAAUAUCCCCAAAUUAGGAGGGUUCUAAGUUCCAGAGGUACAGAAUGGACACAUCAACAAAAACUCUAAACUACAUAUCUUUUGUAGUGUAUCUAUUAUUUAUAUAGGUCUUUUUUUCUAUCAUUGAACAGGGCUUGUGUAGACUACAUUAUAGCCAAAAUAGAUGUUGGCAUGGUACAUUUCUGUAAAUCAUGGAUAUGUAACACUUGUAUGGUAUUAUGUAGAGGAAUCUUUGUUUCAAUAUAUCCUAUCCUAAAACUAUAUUUUUACAUUUCAACAGUGCUGUGGGAAAUAUGUUACUAUGUUUAGGCACAAAAAAACUUGAUCAUGGAAAGAAGAAACGUUUGGCUGCACAGCUGGAAAUGCUGCCAAUGUCUCAGAAAGAAACAGCUGGUUUUGAUGGCAGGUAGCCACUGGAAAUGCAACAAGCGUUUUUCAAAAAGCAACCGGCUUUGGUGGCAAAAUUGCCACUGGAAAUGUAACCGGCUUCUUGUUUAAAACAAAAAUUUUGGUUUGGUUGUCUGGCUAAAAAACACCCAGUUUUGUUUGUUGGUCUGCAACUUUGCUGCCAUCUUGCCUAGCUGUCACACCAUCCAUAAUCCCCUCAGCACACAAUUACAAAGCGAGCACAUAUACCUGUAAUCAGUACUAUGUCAUUUUAGAAACACUGAUAUGAUAUGUACAAAACAUACAAAUGUAACCUAUCUGUGAUUUGCAGAAACAUGAUACAUUUCCCUUUGGUGACUAAGGUCAUAAAAAAAGGCUUGUGGAUACUGUGUAUGGUGUGUGGAGCACCGGCUUUUAUUAGAAUUUUGUUUUCUACAUUUAAAUGAUGUGUUUUGUGUUUGCUGUCUGAUUUUGAAUAUGAUAAGUCCGUCAUUUGUGAUUCUGUGUGUGUGUUUGCACUAAUGUACUUGAAGUGGUUAACAUGUAUCUGCUGUCUUCCAUGCCUCUCUGUCACCACUGGAGGGAGAUGUUGUCAUGUAUCACCAGACCUCUGCAAUAAAAGGCUGGUGGAUAGCAAUCAGUCUCUGACUUGAUUUCAUCAGUUUUCAAAAAAAAAAACAAAAAAAAACAAAACAAAAAAAAACAGUAUGACUGCAAAACAUGUUCAAUAAAACUUUAUCUGCUCAAAACUCAA